AAAGUUAAAAGCUUUUUCUCUCUCCACAGACAAUAACGAGGUACUUUUUAGUGUAUAAAAAGCGCGUUUCGCUCUCUAAAAUGACAUUAACUGGUGGUGAAAAAUGGUGUUUUCUCUAACGUUACCCUUCUAAUGUGUGACACAACUGAGUCCGGACUCCUCAACUCUCCCGAUCCUCUGUGGAAAAAUAUACAUACUGAAACAUCAUAUACGGACCUUGAAGGCUCGCGGCGAGUACCUUUGACGCUUUCUACCGUGAGUCGGGACAAUCUUACAGCCGCCCAGAUGCAGUUUCGUCUGUUCUCAUUUGCGCUGAUCGUGUUGAACUGUGUGGACUACAGCCACUGUCAGACGCAGCAGUCUCACCGCUGGAGAAGAAACAAAAGAGCUAGCUAUGGAGCUUAUCCCAUCUGUAAAGGCUGCUCGGUGUGUUCCAAGGACAACGGGUGUAUGAACUGCCAACCCAAGCUCUUCCUGUUCCUGAGGAGGGAGAGGAUGAGGCAGUAUGGCGAGUGUCUCCAUGCCUGUCCAUCAGGCUACUAUGGCAUGCGCGGGACAGAGAUCAACAUGUGCUCCAGGUGUAGGAUAGAUAACUGUGAGGCCUGCUUCAGCAAAGACUUCUGCACAAAGUGCAAGCCUGGUUUUUACUUGCACAAGGGCCGUUGCUUCGAAAAGUGUCCAGAGGGUUUUGCUCCUCUGGAGGACAUCAUGGAGUGUGGAGAGGGUUGUGAGGUGGGCCAGUGGAGUGAGUGGGGGACCUGCACCAGAAGAAACAAAACCUGUGGUUUCAAGUGGGGUCUGGAAACCCGAACACGGCAUAUUGUGAAGAAGCCACCAAAGGACACGAUACCAUGUCCAACCAUCGCAGAGUCCAGGAGAUGCAAAAUGGCUAUGCGACAUUGCAGGAGAGGGGGUUCGGGGAAGAGCCACCAGACCAAAGACCAGAAGAAGAAGUCCAACAAGCAGAGGCUGCGCUUCCGGGCUCAGAACCAACACAGUGACCACCUCGCCUCUCUUCGAGCCAGCCAGUAAAAUAAAUAAAUAAAUAAAUCAAAAACAAAGACUUUUCGAUGGAACAAAGACCACAAAGCUGCUAACCCAUGCUCCACACACACCUACCCUGAUGAAAACACACACGCGCAUCCAAACGGGAUUAUUCACACUCAUGUGGUCACACUGUGUCUCUUUGCCUCCUGCUGCUUCCCUCAAAGGUGACACGUCCCCCUGACCCACGACCCUACUGUGAUAUCAUGGAACACUAUACCAGCUGUUCAUAUAGCUCAUAUCUCGUCCUAUUUGAGGAGGAAGAAGAGAGAGACUGAGCUGGAAGCACAGAAAGCUUGGGCCUGGAGACCUGGAGGAGUAGAACGAGCACAGAGUGGUGAAAGGAGCAGAAGGGAUUAGAAACGUGAUUGACUGAUAAUGAUGCCCUGAAAAACAAGAGAGAGACUUAUCCGUAUUUAUGUACAAUUUACACCACCCCAUUCCCUAAAAAAUCAAGGCAGAGUGUGUCAUGUAUUGCCUUUCUUGUCCAAUAGGUACUUUGUUUUUCAUUGCAAUGUUGCAAACCAUGCACAGUUGCGAAAUUAUUAUUCUCAGCACAAGAUGUUUACGUCCAGACCGCUUUAUGCUUUAACUGUAUAUUGUGGGUAAGAAUCUUAGUUGUUCAACUAGCAUGGCCACAACUCAUGUGUACAUAGUUGGUGAGUUUAUCUAAUAACGGUAACAUUGAUGAUAAAUAUAUUUAAAAAAUUACUGUAUUUUCAGUAUUGACACCUUCAGCGUUUAAAUGUGUAAAGGGUUAUAAUACCAGCUACAGUUAAAUGAAUUUAAAAAGAACAAAAAGCUAAAUAAAAAGCAUAGCCUCCACAUAGCUAUUACAUUUAUAUGGUAUAUAAUUGAUUUAUUUAUUGAUCUUUUUUUAUUAUUAUUAUUUUUUGUUUGGUGAAAAUUAUGUCUCUGUACCUGAUACUCCUCAGUGCUGAAGUAUUCUUUCAACCACUUAUAACAAUACAAAAUAUCUCCAACAGUGGAAACCGAUUGUGUCUGAUUUGCCGAUAAAUGUCCCACAGAAAUUCAUUGUGUAAACCUGGUUUAACAUCUUGUACUAAUAUGUUGAUCACACAUCCUGCAGCAGCUGAAGUAGAUUGAUAAUGUGUAUAUUGUGUGCUAUUAAAACGCAG